AUGUUCGCCCCCAGCUCGGCCGGGAGGCUCGGCUGCCUCCGGCUGGGUCAGCUCCGAGCGUGGGCCGUCGGACGCUGGGCGUGUCGGGCUCGUCAGGCCGGGUCGUAUGGCUCCGCUGGGUCCGAGCCCGAGGUCCCCCCGCCGGGACCCGCGCGGGGGACUCUGACGGAGUGGGCGCUGCUGGUGAGCCCGUUCGGGCGCCUGCGGGCGCGGCUCCCAUGCCACCUGGCCGUGAGGCCCCUCGACCCCCUCGCCUACCCGGACGGCGACCGCGUGCUGGUGGCGGUGAGCGGGGCGGAGGAGGGUGCGGCGCGGGGCCCGGCCGGCCUGCGGGUGACGUACGACGAGGCGCUGAGGGAGGUGGCCGUCGUGUCCGAGUCCAUCGACCCCCGGGCUGCCGUGGAGGUGCACGCACCCCUGAAGUUCGACUUGAAUAUCAAGUCAUCAGGAUCUGGCUGUGUAAAAGUCCAAAAUAUUGAGUGUGAUAAUUGUAAAAUUGAAACUGAGCAAGGGACCAGCAUCUUACAGUCUGUUAAGAGUCAAAAAUUACGUGUUCAAACAAAAGGAGGCAAAGUGAUCUGUCUGGGAACAGUUUAUGGAAAUAUAAACAUUCAUGCAUCAGAUAAAAGUAUUGUGACCAUAGAUAAACUUCAGGGAAGUUCUAUUAAUAUAUCUACUGAAGAUGGUUUGCUGAAAGCCAAGUAUCUUUAUACAGAAUCAUCAUUUCUAUCUUCUGCUGCUGGGGAUAUUACGUUAGGAAGUGUUCAUGGUAAUAUAACAUUACAAAGCAAGAUGGGUAGCAUCACAGUAGAUUCGUCCUCUGGAUGUCUAACAGCCUCAACUCAUCAAGGUGCCAUAGAUAUUUAUGUCAGCCAGCUGGGGAAAGUGGAAUUGAAAGCCCAUAAAGGCUCUAUUCUCGUCAAGGUUGCGUCUUCUCUUCAAGCUCAUUUGCAGUUAUCAGGGAAAGAGGUUGAUGUAAACUCAGAAGUCCAUGUUCAAGAAAUGGCUGAAGCUUAUAAAGAUGAUGGUGUAAUAGUUACUGGGCUCCUGAAUCAAGCAAGCACACGUGAAAAAUGGAUUAAGGCUGAUGCCCCAAAAGGCACUGUAAGUUUGAGAAGUCAGAGCUGGUUUCAGUCCCUAAAACUACAGGACUAAGAAUGGUUUGAGUUGUGUUUAUAGUUUUUAACAGU